CCACAAAAUGAUCAAACAAAGCUAACCAAUCCAUGAACCACACAUUUCAUCUGUCUUUGUUUUUUUCCCUUACUUGUUGGCCCCAACUGUUGCAAAUUACCCAUUUCUUGUCCCUAAGUGCCAAGAAAAUAUAGAGAGAGGGAAAAAAAAAAAAAAAGCGUAGAGAGCCAUAAUUUUUUUUUUUUUUUUUUUGUGAUGAACAAGAAUCUAGGUGGGUGAUUAAAAAAGGGACAACCCCACUUGUCUAAUAUUACUUCCUUUCUUUUCUUCUUCAUCCAUCUCCAUUUUUUCUCUUUUUCUCUUGUUCUUUAAUUAAAUAUAAGCACCUACUUUUGGUUUUCAAAAUACCAUCUUUGAUUUUUUCAAGAAAGAGCUAUUGGUGACCUUUGUUUGUUUGUUCCCCAUAAAUUUGUACACAAAAAAGUUGGUAUAUUUUGGAUAAAAGGGGUCUUUGUAUCUGGACUCAUCUCCUCUUUUUUCAUCAUUAGAGGGGAUUUUUUCAGGUGUCAGAGACCCAUAUCAGAUCUGUUUUAAUUCCAUUUUUUUUGGCAUUCAAAAAAGAAAGAAAAAAAAAAAUCCAUUCUUUACUUGAUUCUUGAUGUGGGAAUUUGAGAACAACCUUAUGUUUGUACAUAAAUAGAGGAUUCUUGAUGUGGGAAUUUAUGUGAUCACACUUAUAAGGGUAAAGGGUGUGUGUAUAGAGUAACAGAGUUUUAGUUUAAGUUUUGUUUUUAGUCAAAAACAAAAACAAGGCCCACAGUUUGUUUUUGUGGGCUUUGUCAAACCAAUAGAAGUAUAAAACCUGUAUUUUGUUAAGGGGAUUGGUGGGGAUCAACUUUUAUCUCCUUUUUAAGGAGGGUAUAAUUAUAUAUAAUAGUUACAUGAGAAGAAAUAGUAAAGCAAGUCCAUAAUUGGUCACCUAACUUUUUGAUCUUUUCCCCACAUGAUUUAUCCUUAAGUUGAAUCAAACCUUUUAUUUUCAAAUGCUUUUCUUUUUGAUAACUUGUUUUACCUUCAUAACUUUCCUUUAUAAGUCUCUUUCCUUAAAGCCACUUCCUUUAUGGAGUUCUGAGGUUAGAUUGUUAUCAUUCUGGUUUUGGAAAGAUUUAUUGAUUUUGAACCCUUUCAAGAAAGGAUUUUUACAACCUUUUAUUACCUCAAAAAUGAUGUCACUUAGGAGGAAAAGUUUUACCUCCAGAGUAGAAAAUGUUGAGGCAAAUUCAGAAAUGUCUGUUUUAGAUUUACCUGAAUUGGCUUUAGAAUGCAUUCUUGAAAAACUACCACCUGAGGGACUUUGUAGUAUGGCUAGUGUUUGUAAUUCCUUAAGGGAGAAAUGUACAAGUGAUUAUCUUUGGGAAAGGCAUAUGAAAGAAAAAUGGGGUAGAGUUAUUGGUCCUGCUGCUUAUAGAGAGUGGCAGUGGCAUAUUGCAUCAAGAAAUGAUUCAAGUUUCUUUAAUCAGGCUAAACAAAGAGGUUUAAUGACUUACCUCUCUCAGUUUUGGCCUAUUUCAUUAGUUAGAUCCAAUUCUAGCAAUAGUUUCAAGAAAAAGCAUUCAACACCUGUUGAUUCAGUCAUGUCUUGGUAUCUUGCUCUUGAAUCUGGCAAGUUUUGGUUCCCUGCUCAAGUCUAUAAUCGCGAGAAUGGGCAUGUUGGCUUUAUGCUAUCUUGCUAUGAUGCUGAGCUUAGCUAUGAUCCAAGAACUGACACUUUUCAGGCCAGAUAUCCUCCACAUGGAAGGAGGGCAAUUGCAAUAGAGACAGGUGUUACAUGGGAUAGAUUAAGAGCUCCCCCUCUUGAUACUUCUCCACAUGAUCUUUAUAUCUCUGAUUGCUUGACUGAAUUAUUCCCUGGUGAUCACAUUGAGAUUCAAUGGAGAAGAAACAAAGAAUUUCCUUAUGGCUGGUGGUAUGGUGUUGUAGGCCACUCGGAAACAUGUGAUGGAAAUGAAUAUUACUGCCGCUGUCAUGAUAGUGUUAUCUAUCUGUUGAUUGCCACCUUAAACGGGCCAAAAUCCAAGAAACAUAAACAUCACUUCCGUUGCGUGCACAUCAGAAUCAAGAUCACAGAUACUGUAGUGCUAGAGUUCAAUCAGUAUACUCCUGGAUCACGGUGGAGGACAACAAACAUUGAUAGGAAAGAUCAUCGCGAGGAAGGAAAUGAGGCUGAUGGAUUUUAUGGAGGAAUCCGAAAACUUCAGAGAAAUGAAGAGAAAUCUAUGUGGAGACGCCUGUGGCCAUCCGAUGUCUUGGAGUGAGUCGCAAGCACAGUGCUUCACCAUUGUUGGCAAAAUGAUCACCAUUACAAAAGCUCAUUUAUUCCUUCAUGAUGUGAGGAAGUUAAAUAGAACUUGGAAGUUUAGUUUCACUAGUAUUUUCAGUGUACCACUUCUAUUGUUUUGUGAUCAGUGGGGGAGUUAAAAGGAGUUAUUUUGACAAUGCAAAGAUUGUUUAUUUGCUUCCCCACAGGUCCCAAUUGUUUGUAAAAUAAUUGCCACGUUUACAGAUUGAUUUGUUUAGUGAAUCUAUUAAAGCUCUAGUUUAGCUACUUGUACUAAGGAAUUAGAUUGUUGAUUUGUCUCUAAAGGUUCUGUUGCUCAAUGAAAGCACAGUAGCUUAGUUAUUGGAGUA